UGGUAUCCUCUCCCUCAUCAUUCUCCCUCACUUCCCUUUUCCGGAGAUUAUUCGAAUUUUCGUCGCCGCCGUUUCCCCUCCUCCUCCCGCUGAGGCUGAAUCCCGCCGCCGCUGACAGGGAGGGCCGCCGUCGCUAUUUCCCUUACACCGCUUCUGCUGCUCACUGGGAUUCCCGGCUCCGUGCAGCGUCAAUUGGGCAGUUGAUGUUCUGAUCUUUUGCUUGAAGGCUGGAGAGAUUUAGGUUCUCACAAGUUCCAGGCUGUCCUUCUUUGUGACAACAACAUAAUGCUGUUUCUCCGCCGCCAACGCCACAUUUUUUGUUUCAGGCGUCACAUAUCUUCUGCUUCUACCUCUGCUAAAAGCACCAAUGAGACUCCCAUUAUAUACCGAAGCCCAGAACUCAGCAAUGAAAAUGAUGCCAUAACUCUGCAGCUCCUCUCCUGGGGCAGAGGUGCCUCUGGUCAGCUUGGUGGUGGCAUCGAAGAAAUUCGACUCUACCCUGCUGCUGUAGCAAACCUUCAUGUAUUGAGUUCCUCCUUCAGUUUUUCUCCAACCCCAGGGCAGUUGCUUAAGUCCAGGCUUGAUAUCCAAAACAACGCUAAACAAAUGACUGAAAUUGGCAUUUCUUGUGGCUUAUUCCAUUCAGCUUUGCUUGUGGAUGGUAAGUUGUGGAUCUGGGGUAAAGGUGAUGGUGGCCGUCUUGGCCUUGGCCAUGAAAAUAUUGCAUUUGUUCCAACUUUGAACCCUUACUUGGAUGCCAUUCGCUCCAUUGCUUUGGGUGGAGUUCACUCUGUUGCCCUCACUUCCUCUGGUGAAAUUUUUACAUGGGGCUAUGGUGGGUUUGGCGCAUUGGGGCAUUCUGUUUAUCAUAGAGAGUUGUUGCCCAGGUUGGUAGAAGGUAUUGUGACUGAGAAAUUUGACUCUAUUGCAACUAGUGGAACACAUACUGCUGCCAUCACAGAGAAAGGUUUAUGUGUAGGUGAGCUUUAUACUUGGGGCCGUGAUGAAGGGGAUGGUAGGCUUGGGCUUGGUCCUGGUCGAGGUCCAAAUGAAGGUGGCGGACUAAGUAUCCCUUCUAAAGUUAAGGCGUUGUCUGUUCCAGUCGCUGCUGUUUCUUGUGGUGGGUUCUUCACGAUGGUGCUUACUAAGGAUGGGAAAAUAUGGAAUUGGGGAGCGAACUCAAACUAUGAGCUUGGAAGAGGCAAUAAGAUAGGUGGUUGGAAACCAGAACCUAUUCGUCAUCUUGAAGAUGUCUGUGUCACUCAGAUAGCUUGUGGUGGAUAUCAUUCACUUGCAUUAACCGAUGAUGGUAAGGUGCUUUCGUGGGGUUUCGGUGGGCAUGGUCAGCUUGGCCAUCCAUCCAAUCAAAACCAGAAAGUCCCAGUAGUGAUCGAUGCUUUGGCCGAUCAGCAUGUUACCUACAUUGCCUGCGGAGGCUCUUCUUCAGCAGCUGUUACUGAUGAUGGGAAGCUCUACACGUGGGGAAAUAACAGAGAUUUUCAGCUGGGAGUCGCUGGGCUGCCUGAAGUUCAACCACUUCCAGUUGAAGUGAAGUUUCUGAUGGAAGAUGAUGGACUCGGACCCCACAAGGUACUGUCCGUUGCAGUUGGUGCUUCCCAUGCAAUGUGUUUAGCAUUAAGGUCAGGUUGCUGAUUUUAUCAUGGGAGGUGUUUUUUGACCUGAUAGAGAAGAUAUUCAAAAGAUUUCCCCUCCUUUCUUACAAGUUACAGUAGGUGACCACUUUUCAUGAAAUCGGCCAACUCGAUGUUUUGGUUUCCAUUGAGAGUUCGUAUCGUUUUAGUGAAUUUCGUGUCUGCGAUCACGAUUAGAGAUAUCGAAAGAUCCAAGGUGGUGGUGUGGAAAUGGAUGUUGGAACUUGCCAGUGAGUUCACUAUGUUGACGGAAGUUAGCAGCAAAUAUUGUGCAGUGAAUUGAGAGACUUAAGAGAGCAAAACUACCAAUUAAGCACAAGACGGGAAG